AUCCAUUUUGCUUUUGUCAUUUUGCUUUUGUAUUUUGUUUACGUUUAUUUUGGUUUGCUCCAAAAUUUUAUUUUAUUUUUUAUUUAAUUAAUUUAUUUUCUGUUUAUUAAAUAUAAUACCACAAUACAAAUGACUACAAAUCCUAUUACAACUGUUCGGGCUGAGCCUCCACCCGGUUUAAAAGCUCUAAUCAACCAUUGUCUGGCUGUCUACCCCGAUCAACCAAAUCCACUACAAGUAACCACUGUCCUCAAAUACUGGCUCGGUGGUCAAGAUCCUUUAGACUACAUAAGCAUGUAUCUAAACAAAGGUGACCCCGAACGAGGCAUUCCCGCCCACUGGCACUACAUUAGCUUCGGUUUGAGUGAUCUUCAUGGCGAUGGUCGUGUCCAUGUUGUCGAACCUGCUGUCGAUGGAGUUCGUGCAUCUGGAAUUGGUUUUGAGUUGACUUUUCGUCUUUUGAAAACUCCCAACCCUUCUGGCGAUGAAAAACAAGAUCGUCCACCAACGUGGCCAGCAAAUCUUUUACAAGCUUUAGCCAGGUAUUGUUUCCAAACUGGAAAUAGAUUUUAUGCUGGUGACAAUGUACCUUGGCGAAAAGCUUUAGACGGCUCCAAUUCCAUUAUUCAAAAUAUAUUAAUGGCACAAGAUGCUCAACUUGGUCCUCUGGAGUCGCCAUUUGGAACAGUUGAGUUCUGUCAGGUUGUUGGAGUGACCGAGGAAGAAAUCGAACAGGCUUCCCGUUGGAAUGGUAAAGGGGUUUUAAACUUUUUAAUGCAAGACACCAAAACUGGUGGUGAUUUCCUUGUCACCGAUAUGAGUCGUUCACAAAGCGUCUUUGAGCUGUUUCCCGAAACCUUGUUAAGUCUUCUUGAUGAUUUAGAAAAACAGGGUUCGGAUUUGGCGGGAGUUAAUGCUGAUUUCACAUUUCGUGAAAUCCCUAAGCAAAACUUUAAAGAAGAGAUAGACUCGGAGAGCUUAAACGAACAAUGUCUAUCGCAUGAGAAUAAUAAGCCACAAAGUGAUCCGAUUAGAGAAGGCAAUGAGUUCUUACAAUCAAUGUCGAUUUGUAAUUCAUUGCAAAAAUCAUGCCCUGUUGAUUAUCAGCCAAAUGCUCCGAAUUGUAUUCCUUUAGAUGGAAUUGAAAUUACACUAGCUCCCUAUGCAGCCAAGUUCCUUCUACUAUCGAUUAAAGAUCGCAUUCGACAUGGAAGACAUUUUACAUUUAAAUCACAAAAUUUGGCUCUGACUUUUGUGGCAGAAUCAGUUACAGGUUCGGCGGUAACUAAGGAUUUUCCUUUUGGAGUUGUGGGCUAUUGGAUACAAGUUAUGAUUACAGAUGAUUUGGUGCUGCGGAUGAUUGAAACAUUCCAGAAUUCAUUAAAACCUAACAAUGAGAUAAAUGACAAAUUGGAAUUUGAAUUUCCAGAUAAAAAUUUGAAAAUUAUUAUUGCAACUCCUCAGACAGCGGCUGUAAGUGCGGAGAAUAAAUAAUUUUUAUUUUAUUUUAUCAUUUUAAAAUUUUUGUAUAAUUUCGAAUAUUAUUUUAUAGUAAAGAUCAGUUUUAUUUUUUAA